UUUACAAUUCCAUCCUUUCAUUGUUGUAGUAUAAAUUGAACAUCAACCAACCAAGUAGUAGCAUCAUCGAAAAAAAAGAAACAAACAUACCAAGUAGCACAUACAAAAAAGCAUCAAAUCCCAAUUAAGCUCUACUUGAUACAACACCACCAUGGCUAAUUCCUCCACACCCUUCUUCCUCCCCUUACUAUUCAUACUGAUCACUACCACGAAAAUACUCGAAAACGUUCGAGGCGAUCCAGACCUAACUUUCAUCUCGGCUCUCUGCGGCUCCGAGUACGACGCCACCUCUUUCAGGAAGGGUCAAGCCACUAGACUCACUGACGGCGACGUCAAAUUCGCAAACCCUCGUUCCCCGUUUUGCAGCGUUACCGCCGAUGACGAUGGCACAUUCCCGAUGUACGGAAGGGCUACAUGUUCGGACUCCAUCUCGCCGGAGGAUUGCACUGCUUGCAUUGCCUAUUGCAAAGACCAGUUGGUGAAUUACAACAUAUGCAGCGAUCUGUACGGCGCCCAAAUCAACGUUGCCAGCUGCUCCUUGAGGUACGAGACCUAUGCAAUGGACGAAUGUACGGCGUGAUCGAUGAUGAAGGUUUGUUUUUUUUUAAUUAAGGUGUAACGUUACU